CUUAUAAAGGGGAGAGAGAAAAACUAUUGACGUGUAAAACAGAGAUGAACCAAGUCCUCCGCUCAAAAUGGCGUAACUUUGCUUGGCUAAACGGGUUUCCGUUGGAGAAUGUUUUCCAUCCUUAGCGCCAGAACAGGAGACCAAAGAAGAAGAGGAAGAGGAAAAAAAAUGUAACUGGGGUGUGGUGCCGAUCUCGCUGGCUAUUUUAUUAGAGAUGACGUUCUGAACCAGACAAAUGAGCAAUCCAAAAGGAGAUCCUUUGCAGAGUGAGGGUGGUGCCCCUGCCCCCCAACAAACUCAGCCUCAACCACAAUCACAGACUCAGCCUCAAACUCAGCCUCAACCACAAUCACAGACUCAGCCUCAAGCUCAACCUCAGGCUCAGGCACAACCUCAACCUCAGGCUCAGGGUCAGACUCAACAACCUCAACCUCAGGCUCAGACUCAGGCUCAGGCUCAGGCUCAGGCUCAACCGCAAGCUCAGGCGGCAGUUGCUGGGCCGCCUGAGCACCUUCGUUCUCGUGGCGGUAAUAAGGUUUUCAAGAGUGGGCCACUGUUUAUAUCAUCCAAAGGUAUUGGAUGGACAUCUUGGAAGAAAAGGUGGUUUAUCUUGACACGCACUUCACUAGUAUUCUUUAGAAGUGAACCGAACGCCGCAGCUCUAAAAGGAAGUGAAGUGAAUUUGACUCUUGGAGGCAUCGACCUCAACAAUUCAGGCAGCGUAGUUGUCAAGGCAGAUAAAAAACUAUUGACGGUGCUUUUUCCUGAUGGCCGUGAUGGACGUGCUUUUACUCUCAAGGCAGAAACUUUGGAGGACUUGCAUGAAUGGAAGGCUGCACUUGAGGAAGCACUGGCGCAAGCCCCAAGUGCUACGCUUGUGAUGGGGCAAAAUGGCAUAUUUAAUGAACAGACAGAUGAUGCAUCUGGUGAUCAGUUGAAAGAUAGUAGACAGCCAGUGAAGUCAAUGAUUAUUGGUGGACCAGUAUUACUUGCAUUGGAAGACAUAGAUGGAACCCCAACUUUCUUGGAAAAAGCCCUUAGGUUUAUUGAAGAACAUGGAGUCAAAGUUGAAGGUGUCUUACGUCAAGCUGCAGAUGUCGAUGAUGUUAUGCGUCGGAUUCAAGAAUACGAACAAGGAAAAACUGAAUUUUCUGAGGAAGAGGACGCCCAUGUUAUUGGUGAUUGUAUCAAGUAUGUACUUAGGGAGUUACCUUCAUCUCCAGUACCUGCAUCCUGUUGCAAAGCAUUACUGGAAGCUUGUAGAACUGAUCGUACCAAGAGAGCUGCUGCUAUGCGUGAAGCUAUAUGUGAAACAUUCCCUGAGCCAAACCGCCGGUUGUUGCAGAGAAUUCUUAUAAUGAUGACAAAUAUUGCUUUACACAAGACCGAAAAUCGGAUGAGCACUUCGGCUGUGGCAGCUUGCAUGGCUCCUUUGCUUCUUCGUCCCCUUCUGGCUGGCGACUGUGAGCUGGAAAAUGACUUUGAUGUCGGCGGUGAUGGUUCUAUGCUACUCCUUCAAGCAGCUGCUGCAGCUAACCAUGCUCAAGCUAUUUGUAUUACUCUUCUAGAAGAGUACGACAAGAUAUUCGGGGAAGUGCCUACAUCCCCUGAAUUAUACACUGAAUCUGAUGACAGUGGAAGUGUAAGUGAGGAGUUAACUGAUGAUGAAGCCUAUGAAGAUGAUGAUGAAGAUUAUGAUGACGAGGAAGAAGAGGGCGACGAGGAAGAAGAGGAUGAGGAGGAAGAAGAAGAAGAAGAUGAUGAGGAGGAGGAGAUAGAUGAAGAUCAUGAACAUGCAUCUGGUGGAGCUUGCAGUAGAGAUGAUGAGGUUUCUGAUAAUAAGGGUGCAAAAAAAGCCAUCAAAGAUACUGAAUCAUCAGAUGAUGAUAAUAAAGUGAAACAGAAAUUGCCAUCAACUUGUAGUCGAUCUUUGUCAGGUCUAAAAGAUCAUCCUGUACAGACUGGUGAGAGAAAUAAUAUAGAGAGUAGUAACAGAAUGGGGGGAGAGGAUAAUGCUGCUGAAGCCAAUCUUAAAUCUAUUAUAAAUGAAGAAAACAUUCCACAAACUGCUGUUAGAUCAUUAGAGGCAAUGCCUAGUUCAAGGCGUGCUGCUGUUUUUGGGCGUGCUUCUGGAAGGAAGGACCUCUCUUCUGAUAGUCCUGCUGGAGACGAGGAGGAACAUAUUGAGAAUCUGGAAGCUAUGAAAGUGGAUUUGAUAAACAAGAUUGAUGAAGAAGUGAAAAUAAAUUCAACUUUACAACAGAACGUGGAGCAAAGAAAGAAAGAUUUGCAUGGACGCCGUUCAGCUCUUCAAGGAGAAGUGGCAAGACUGAAAGAACAGUUGCAAAAAGAGAGAGAUUUGAGAGCUGUGCUGGAAGCCGAACUCCGGCACCAAGGGCCAAGACAUCUUUCAGCUACUGUUGAAGAGAAGAAUGCGGUUCAAACUGAUUCAAACGUUAGCAUCUUGAAGCAGAAGGUGGGUGACAACCUUCAGUCGCAACAACAAAGUUUGGAUUCAAUUGGUAAACAAGACCAACACGCCUCGGUUUACACGAAGGACAAAGAGGAUAUUCAAACUUCUGAGGGACGGACGAGAAAUAAGAAGGAGUCCCGAAUGAACAGAGCAGACAGUGGAAGAGAGUUGAAACCAAACCGUGCAUCUUUGUCAAGACGAACAUCUCAGAAUCAAUACAGUGAUCCAACAGAAAGUAGUACAAAAUCUGUGUCUGCUAAAGAAACUUCUCCAGAUUUGGUGACUAACAAAUCCAUAUCUUCGACUUCAAAAAGAUAUGCAUCUUCAAAGGGAGAGGGUUCUAAUACUACAACUUCUACACUGUCAAAGUUAACGAAUCGACUCAACUUCUUAAAGGAACGUCGUAGCCAGCUAGCAAGUGAACUGCAAAGUUUGGACAAAGGAUGGAAUUCGCGUAAAGAACCCGAAUCCCAGAGCAUAGAAACAAAUGAAGGCACGGAAACACAGUCAUCGGAAAAUCCCAAUAGAGGAGCAAAACAAGAGGCUCCAAAUCUUGACAAAGGAAAAUCAGAAAGCUUUUCAAACAAUGAAAAGGGCGGUCAUCUACCUGAAAGCCAACCAGUUACUUCUCCCAAGACUAACUCUAGAUGAUGUUAGACAGUUUUAAUCAUUUCCACAAAAAAAGGUCCAUUUGUCAAUAAAAGAAAACCGUAGGUGGUUGGUGUCCGUGUUCAUAAUAAGAGGGUGAUAUCUUAAGGUGGUUAAAAAGACCACAAUUUUGCGGCUGUUGGUCGGGGAAGCGUUGACACAAUUUAUCCAUCUUCUUGAUGGAAAAAUCUUUUGAAUGAAUUGCCUUUAUUUGACAGUGUUUUUAUUUGCUGAGAAUAAUUUAAGAUGUAUUUAGAGAAUUCUAUGUGAUAGCUUAUAUGUUUGUU